AUGCUUGUUGCUGGGAAUGUCCACCCAGAAUGUGAUUUUAUGACAGAACUGAAGAAAAAGGAGACUGAAUGUCUGAAGGACUCAGAGGAGUAUGGGAAUGCAACACCACCAGGUUGCAAGAGAACUUGGGACAAAUUACUGUGCUGGCCAGAGGUAGAUGCUGGAGAGACUCUUGCCUUACCGUGCCCAAGUGUCCUCUUUCACUUUAUGAAGGAGCCAGCUGGGAUAAUAAAAAGGAACUGCACAAAGGAAGGCUGGUCUGAACCAUUCCCUCCCUACCAUAUUGCUUGUCCAGUAGAAGAUGAGAUUCCGCUUGAAGAACAUUCCUACUUUUCUACUAUAAAGGUUAUCUACACUGUAGGCUACAGUGUAUCGAUCACCUCACUUAUUAUUGCUGUGACAGUUCUUAUUGCAUUCAGGAGGCUUCACUGUCCCAGAAAUUAUAUCCAUGUACAGCUCUUUUUUACUUUUAUCUUAAAAGCUAUUGCCAUUUUCAUUAAGGAUGCUGUCCUUUUCCAAGAGGAAGAUAUUGAUCAUUGCAGCUUCUCUACAACUGAAUGCAAGAUCUCAGUUGUUUUCUGUCACUACUUCAUGAUGACAAAUUUCAUGUGGCUGCUAGUAGAGGCUCUUUACCUAAACUGUCUACUACGCUCAUCUCUUUCUCAUGGAAGAAGAUAUUUUUGGUGGCUUGUUCUCUUUGGCUGGGGUUUUCCAACGCUUUUCACUGUUAUAUGGAUAUUAACAAAAUUCUACUUUGAAGACACAGCAUGCUGGGAUGUGAAUCAAGGCUCUCCAUACUGGUGGCUAAUCAAAGGUCCUAUUAUAAUUUCUGUUGGGGUCAAUUUUGUCCUAUUUAUCAACAUCAUCAGAAUUCUGCUGAAAAAACUAGACCCUAGACAAAUCAACUUCAACAACUCUUCUCAGUACAGACGUCUCUCAAGGUCAACUCUGCUUCUAAUUCCAUUAUUUGGAACCCAUUAUAUUGUCUUCAACUUUCUUCCGGAAUAUACCAGCCUGGGGGUUCGGCUUUACUUAGAGCUCUGCAUUGGAUCUUUUCAGGGGUUUAUUGUAGCAGUUCUCUACUGUUUCCUGAACCAAGAGGUACAAACGGAAAUUGGCCGGAGGUGGCAUGGCAAGAGAUACGGAAUUAUGCCAGUGUGGAGGAGGACAAGAUGGACUGUUCCGUCUAGUUCUGGAGUGAAAAUGACCACAUCUGUGUGCUAA